UGUUUAGGGGGAGGUUUGUCCAGAUUGAGACCUUUAAAUGUGUGGACCAGACAACUUCUUUAUUUUUGACCCAGAGGAGGCCAAGGGACAGAGCUUGAGCUAUUGCGGAGGGUGAAGUUCAGCAGGCAUGAUGCAGGCUCUCUGGGCUCUGUGGUUGUCUGCUUACGCAGCUCUGCAUUGCGCUUCACCGCUGUUUUUGGAGAAGGAAAGCACUGGCUCCAGAAUCUGUAAGCCUGCUCCGAUGUGGGAGAUCGAUGGCGAGAUUCCAAUGAAGGACCUUCUAGGAAAUGUAGUUGUUGUGGCUCUUCUUAAAGCGAGCUGACAGUUCUGUCUCACGCAGGCUGCCAGGUUGGGAGACCUGCGUGACAAGCUGGCCCUUGGCAAGCUGACAAACAUAUCAUUCCUGGUUGUCAAUGAGCAGGAUGCACAGUCCAGGGCCAUGUACUGGGAGCUGAAGAGGAGGACGGCAGAGGGCAUCCCUGUGUAUCAGCAGAGCCCACUGCAAAACGACAUCUGGGACAUCUUGGGGGGAGACAAAGAUGAUUUUUUAGUUUAUGACAGAUGUGGACAUCUCACCUUCCACAUUGUCCUGCCCUUCAGCUUUCUUCACUACCCUUAUAUAGAAGCUGCCAUCAGGGCUACAUACCACAAAAAUAUAUGCAACUGCUCAUUACAUGCAAACUCCUCCAUAUCAGAAGGCUUCGAAAACAACAAAAACAUUGCAAAUGAGCCUACAGAAGUGAACAACCAGAAGACUAACAAUACAGAGCCUGUAACUGUUGAGCAUCAUCACCAUCAACAUGAGCAUCAUCAUCAACAUGUGCAUUAUCAUCAUCACCAACAUGUGCAUCAUCAUCAUCAUCAAAAUAAAAAUAACAGCACAGGUGAUUCAGAUGUGACCAGCGUACCAAAGGAACCAAUCCAGCAUUCACAUCAAGAACAUAGUCAUCACAAAAGACAAGAGGACCGAUGGAUGGCUUUUGGUUUAUUCUCCGUUGCCUGUCGGUGGGAUCUUCCUGUUUAACUUGUCAUCGUCUGG